AUGCUCUGGGCCCGAGGGGAGCUUCGACUUCUGUCGAUCCUAGAGCGGGCAUGUUCCGAUGCUGCAAUUCAGCCGGCCGGGGAUGCUGCACCGGCGCCCACCGGGCAAGCCGGCCUGGCCACCCGCCUGGAGGACCGCAAGCGUCUCCGCGCCCGGUGCAUGUCUUUGCUGGAGGACCUGGAGGAUGACCUCCGCGAUCGGUGGUGGUUCUCCCCCCAGCGGGCAGCGGGAGCCGAGCGUCGGCCGCUGGUCCUGCCGCCGGCCGAGUGGCCACCGGCCGGAUGGGCCGCCGCCUCGGCUGCAGGCGAUGCCCCCUGGUGGUUUGACCCCAGCGAAUCGCCCCUGCCACAGGAGGCCGAGCUGCGCCUCUGGUGGGGCUUCUGCUCAUCGGCCCAUGGCGGCCCCUGUCCGGCGGAUGAGUGCGCACUCCUGCCACCUCCUGCGGCGAGUGCAGUUGUCAGCCCCGAGGGCGUCGCCGGCUCCGACACCACCACUGACGGGGAAGCCUCCCAGAGGGACGAGCUGUGA